AUGAUCACGGCAUCUCAACCAUCUUGGCAAGUCGCCGAUUCCGACUUUUGCAAAAGUCGACAACUUUCUGAUGUCUCUGCCUCGACACAGUUUUGGCCGCGUGAAGUAUCUGUGGAUGGGUCAGCUUCUGCUCUGUUAUCCAAUGCCUCGAAAGAUCAAACUCAAAACAAGGAUACUCGUAUCAUACAGGAACCGGCCAUCACCGAUAUUUCCUGCGCGACUUUAGCAGUUUCAACAAAAAUGAACGACGUCCAGGAAACAAAUCAAAGUCAUUUGCAACAGCUUCGGAGAACUGGGUGGUGGAGAGCAGAUGAAGAUAGACAAAAGCAAAUGAGUUUUGUAAAAGAUCUUUUGCGACAACAGCCAGUAACACACGAUCCACAUUCUGAGCAUCACAGAGUUAAAUCUACUGCUGAACUCAGCAAUACAUCUGAAUUGCCAACUCGACAACCCACUCCACAGCUUCAAAAAUUCAAACCCUUCAAAACAGUAAAUAAUCCAGAACCAUUAGAUCCUAUUUCCUUGAAUACGCUGCCAACAAACAUUCCUGCAACUACUUUGACUUUACAGCACUUGUCUAAUUCGUCACAGGAAAUCAAUCAGCAGCAAGAUCAAAACAUCGUCAAUAAAUUAGAAAAACAGUCAUCAGUAGGAUCUGCUCCAGCUGCAGAAGUUUCAGCCUGUGAAACUCCAACUACUCAAAUAGACUCUACUACAUCAUAUUCCAAACAAUCGCAUGUAUCUUCAGCAUCUCAGCAGUUAGUUAGACCACAAGCAUGUAAGCCCAAAUCAGUGGAAAUACCAGAUUUGCAAAAGCAAUUGGACUUGAAAUUAACCGAGUCGAAUAGCCUAAAAGUAUUGCUAGCCAAGGCAGAAAAACAAGCCAAAGUGGCAUUUAAAUCAAAACAAGCAUUAUCUGAUAUAAAUACUGCAUUGUCACAUGUUCAGGCAGAGUAUAUUGAGGAGGUCAUUCCAGAUGCCGGACUGGUAAAUUACUUUUUGAAGCGCGGACUGCAGAAAACAUUGGCUUGUUUUUGCAAAGAGGCAAAACUGUCUUGCGGAGAAAAUAUUGGUAAUUAUAUCAUGCUCAAGAACAAGAUGGCAACACGUCAAUUUAGUCAAGCAAUCGAGUUUGUAAAGUUUGUUAUGGCAAAUUUGAUUGAAGAUCAUGCUCAGCGCAACAUGACAUUCAAUCUUACUACAUCAUUUGAUGAUUUGAUCUAUGUGUUGAGUAAAUAUCUAUUGAUACAUAUGCAUCAGACUCAGCACCAAGCUGCAACCGUAAAUACUCUAGAACAAGUGAUUGCACCACUGAUAAAAAAAGAAUGCGAGCUUUCUGGAACCCGGGCAGAGUGGUUUUCAGCAGAUUAUCAGCUAUUGCACGAUCUCAUAUAUGACAGCAAAGUACAUCCUAACAAUAUAUAUUGCAAUUUUAAUUGGAAAACUGAAAUAUCAAAGUUUUGGGAUAGUGCCAAAUCUAUUGUAAUGUUUAAAAAAAAUUCUAAACGCUUGGAAUCACCACCACUAUUUGCAUUUGCAGUGGCACAGUACUUUUACGCAGAUGAUAAAAUCCUUUCUAAAGCAAAGGAUUUGGAGCAAAUGGCAAUUGAUGCUGAAAGAUGGAUUCGCGCAGAUACUAUACUAAAAUCACACAGUUUUCAAAAAUCAAAUAACAAGCAAGAUGCGGAUACGCCAAAUGAUAGGAUUCCAGAUACUGAUGAUCAGCAGCCUAAAAUUGAAAUGACGGAUACGAUGGCUUGUGGACAGGUUGAAACUAGCAAAUCAAGACGCACGACCACUGAACGAAAAAGAAAAUCCAAAUCUGCUCAAAUUGAAUGGCAGAAUGUUGAUAUUCAAGCAACUGUUGAAAAUGACUCGGAGCCAAAACCAACCAUUCACAACCAGCAAUUAGCUAUGCAACGCGUUGCUGUAGUCAAGACUCAGCAAUAUCAAAAGUAUCAGUCCUCGCAUGCAUCUAGUCCGACUAUAGAUCGUGCAAGCCGUACUUCUACAGGAAGUUUUCAAGUUGAUCCAGAGCUUCCUCCACAAUCUGCAAAUGUUUCCGAAAACUCCAAUUUUGCUCUAUCCAAUAUUUGCGGACCAUCUGUAACUCAAGUUAAAGUAUUUGAUCUUCAAGAUAUUCCCGAUACCGGCCAAGUUGUUGUGUGCACUUCCGGAAGUGAAAAUCGGCAUGACAAAGGAAUCACGUUAUGGGAGAUGCGAUCAGGAUCAUUGCUUUCACAUUUAGAUAAUGGCACAGUAAAACCAGUGACAUCUUUAUUGUUUCAUCCCGGGUUUCCAGAACUGUUAUUGUCGGCAGAUAUGGAGUUUGACGUAAAACUCUGGAAUUGGAAAGAAGGAAAAAUUAUACGUUGGUGGCGAAAACAUCAUUCAAGAAUAAUCAAUCAAAUAUCAUGGAUUCCUGGCGAUGAUACAAGAGCGGCGUCGUGCUCUGGGGAUCAAUCACUUAAAUUUUGGAAUAUUCAUGCCGAAAAGCCUCAUAGUGGAAGCAUUCAUGCUAAUGAGCCAAUUACAUCGUUUGUGUUUAGUGGUAGUACCAGCGAUCCAAUGCAGCAAAAAGUGAUUGUGUCGCUUUCAUACUCUAUUCGUAUUUAUAAAGUGCGCACAUUGGCCAUGUUAGUCACGAUCCCGCUUGGAGAUCUUAAACUCUGCAAAACUCCAGUGACACAUCUUUCAUCGCAUCCAAUUCAUGACAUGUUUGUUCUUGUUUCUACAGACAAUCAACUUCGUAUGUUUAAUCUCAUUACCCAAGCAUUUGUAAAAACAUAUUCAGCACGAUUGAUUGAAAAUGGGACACGCAUCAAGGGAGAAUUCAGUCCAUGUGGAGUGUUUGUGUAUGCAACACCAACUGAUGCUCGGCAGUCAGCACAUCGUGCAAGCACCAAGGAGCAUAUUGGUAAUUUUUCUGCUCAAAAUCAGCAUCAUGAGCAGAAUAAAGGGCAAAAUCAAUCCGAAGAUGCUGCAAACGGAGUGUUUAUCUGGCGGGUUCAAACAGGAAACUUGGAAAAGGCAGAAAUGCGAGCCAUGAAUGAUACUGAUGGGUGGGAGCAUGCCGGAGUACCUGUGCGUCCCAGUAAAAUGAUUUGUGCCAAAUGGACAACAAUUCGAGACAAUUCCAAAAAGGGAAAAAGUGUGAAGCGCAAGGCAUUGCUAGCCGCUGGACAAGAUCAGCUAAUUCGGUUAUAUCUGUGA